CAACUCUUCUAGGGUAUAAUUAAAUGCUCUGCCACUAACCUGCACCAGCGGGGCUGGCCGCCGGCCGGAUCCAAGCACUAAGAAGUUAACGUCCUCGCUUCUCUCUCCAAAACCCCCGCGACCCAACCGCUGUACAAUGUGCUCUGCCCUUGUUCAUACCCCCACGCGUUCCCCUCCUUCUGCCACUUCUCUCGGGCUGCUCGCGACUCCAGGUCCUUGCUAGAUUAAUCCUCUACGCUGAUUUGUCUUGCUCCCCUUGCCCAUUUCUCGCAAUGCCUCCCGUACCCUCCUCGCCCGACCGGCGUCGGAUAAUCUUGUAUCAUCAGACUCUCUGCCCGAAUGGAGGCCAAUAUGUCUCUAUGCUGCCACUAGUUCAGAACAACACAGGUGUUACACAUAUCAUCCUCGCUGCAUUUCACCUGAACGCAGACCCAGAACACAUCACGCUGAACAAUGAUCCCCCACAACACAGCAUGUACGACGCUCUAUGGGCCGAGGUGCCCCUCAUGAAAGAACACGGAGUGCGCAUCAUGGGAAUGCUCGGAGGAGCUGCGCAGGGCUCCUUUCGUUCCUUAGACGGGGAUGCAGAGAAAUUUGAACUGUAUUACCGGCCCCUGCUAGCCAUGAUUCGGCGCCAUGGCUUGAACGGACUGGAUCUUGAUGUGGAGGAGGAUAUGUCGCUGUCGGGCAUUGUCCGACUUAUCGACCGACUCAAGCUGGACCUGGGCGACGGAUUUAUUGUGACGCUGGCCCCCGUUGCAGCCGCCAUGCUGGGCAUGGGAAAUCUAUCUGGGUUUGACUAUCGGGAGCUGGAACAACAGAGAGGCGCAAAGAUCGGCUGGUAUAACACACAGUUCUACAACGGGUGGGGGCCCGCCGAUGAUCCCCGGAUGUAUGCCGCCAUCGUAGCACAGGGCUGGUCCCCAAGCCGGGUGGUGCUUGGACUCUUGACCAACCCAGGCAACGGAUCACAGGGCUACGUGCCCCCCGAGAAAAUCGGGCCUAUCUUGGCCAUGCUGAUCGAGCAAUAUCCCGAUUUCGGGGGUGUCAUGGGCUGGGAAUACUUCAAUUCCAAACCCGGGGAACAGGAGAAUCCAUGGUACUGGGCCGCGCAAAUGUCCCUGAGUAUGCACAUGAAGGAUCUCAUUCCCGGACAUCACUUUCCGCCUCUAAUCUUCACAGCUUUGGCUGUCUAUCUCACUGCUGUUGUAUCGCUCCUUCGACCGGCCGAUCUAGAUCAUGUGCUUAAGACAUUAUUUAUUGGCCUGCCGUCCGCCAGCUUACCACGAUCGACGCGCUUGACCGUCCUCAUCAAUAUCGGACUUGCUCUGCUCACUCUCGACUUCAUGCUGCGUGGUCUUGUCGCUUACCCCAGCGCAGAUGUCACCUUCUCUCGGAUCGGCUAUGUCUCACCAACGACCGCAAACCUCCUGGUUCGCGAGCCGGACCCCGCACAGUUGCCCCUGGUCGUCUUCUACCAGUCAUUGAAUACAGAAGACUCGACACAAUGGACGGAAGAAGGCAUGAUCUAUGCUCUAGAUGAUUCAACAGACUACACGGCCACUGUGACGAUCAAGGGCUUGAAGCCGUCAUCACCGUACCGCUACUCCCUCUCCAACAACCUUACAGGCUCAUUCGUCACUGCUCCGAUGCCUGGCUCCAAACAGGCGAACCGCCUCAGCUUCCUAACCUCCAGCUGCAUGAAGGCAAACUUCCCAUACAGCCCGCUGUCGCAUCCCCUACGCAUCCCAGGCAUUGAGAUGAUGACGGAAACAAUCAACCGCUUGCCAUCAUUAUUGCGACCCGCCUUCAUGUUGUUCCUGGGCGACUUCAUUUAUGUCGAUGUCCCCCAGCGCUUCGGUUCGUCCGUCUCGCACUAUCGCAGCGAGUACCACCGUGUAUACUCCUCUCCUUCUUGGAAAAGACCCGAGGACCACGCGCCUGCCAUCGACUUGCCUUGGAUUCACACCCUUGAUGAUCACGAGAUUGAGAAUGAUUGGUCGAAAGGCAAUACUACUGCACCCUAUCCCGCGGCAUUUGAGCCCUACAUCCAUUACCAUGUGCGGCCCAAUCCGCCCAUCCCACCCGUACCAUUUGCGACACCUGAAAAUACGACUUACUUCUCCUUUAUUCACGGACCCGCCUCUUUCUUUAUGCUCGACACCCGCACCUACCGUUCGGCCCCGUCGCAGUUCAACUCUACCAUCCUCGGCUCAGCCCAGCUGCAGUCCCUCCUAGCCUACAUCGCCCGCCCUGAGCCUAGUGAAGUUCGCUGGAAACUCAUCGCCUCUAGCGUACCUUUCACCAAGAACUGGCGUGUGGGCACGACCGAUACCUGGGGUGGGUUCCUGAACGAGCGUCGUCUCGUUUUCGAAGCCAUCUGGCGCGCCGAACGCGAGCUCGGCAUCCGCAUCGUUCUCCUCAGUGGCGAUCGCCAUGAGUUUGGCGCCACGCGCUUUCCCGACCCCUCUCUCGAGCUCCCCGCCAGUGAACUGACCGCGAACACCGCCGGGGAAGGCCUGCACGAAUUCUGCGUCGGUCCGCUCAAUAUGUUCUAUCUCCCUGUGCGCACCUACCGCCAGACAGACAAUGAGGACGUCACGAUCAAAUAUAUCCCUGACGGCAACACGAAGUAUGGGCUGAUCGACAUCGAUGUUCGGGAUGCGGUCAUCGAUACCACCAAGACUGGACAUCCCGUUACCGUGCCUAGCUCGGUGUUCACGUAUUCGAUGUACGUAAAUACGCAGCUAGUCUGGCAAUAUGAGCUCAGUGUUCCCCUACCAGGGUAUGAGAGCGUUAUCGCAGGCGUAGCGGCCUGGAGACACCCGAGACUGCCGCCUGGAAAGCUGUUGCUGGAUACGAGGGAGGAGCAGAGCUGGGAUGCGUGGGCUAAGAGUUGGGUUGAGAGAAUCGAGGCGACUGCUGGUGCAGGUUGGGAUGGUUUGUUAAGAGCGGUGUACAAUGUUUUGGAUGUGCUCCAGAAGAAGGAGAGAGUGGAUUGA